AUGGCCGUUGAUGUGGCUCUGGGAAUGUGUUUCCUCUCCCAGACUGGAGUAGGUAUCCUGGGGAACUCUCUCCUCAUCACACUCUACCUCACUUUGUUCCUCCAGGGUUCCAAACGGAAGCCCACAGACCUGACCGUCAUCCACCUGGCCCUGGUCUACACUGUGAUGCUCCGUACAAGGGGUAUCCUCAUAGCAGCAGAGGUGUUGGGGCUGGAGUUUGUCCAGAAUGAUGCUGAGUGUAAGCUCUUGGGCUUGGUCUACCGCAUCACGCGGGCCCUCUCCCUCUGCACCACCUCCCUCCUGAGCAUGGUCCAGGCCAUCACCAUCAGUCCUAGCACCUCUUAUCUGUUCCAGCUCAAGAUUCAGAUCCAAAAGUUCAUCCUCCCGGUCUUAGCCAUCUUGUGGAUUCCCAACUCCCUGAUAAGCACUAACCUUCUGUUCCAAAUGUUCGCUUUUCCCAAUAUAACCAACACGGAUACCAACUGUUAUAUGGUGCCCAUAAGCACACUCCUCCAGAAGCUGCUUCUCACCUUCAUGGCUCUCCGUGACAUCCUCUCCCUGGGGUUCAUUAGCUGCUGCAGUGGGUACAUGGUCCUUCUCCUGCACCGACACAGACAGCAAGUCCAGCAUCUUCACAGCCCCAGCCAAGCCCACGAAACAUCGCCAGAGAGACGAGCCACCCAGACCAUUGUGCUGCUGGUGAGCUGCUUUGUAGUCUUCUACUGUGGAGACCUUGUCUCUUCCCUGUUUCUAGGGACAUCCAUGAAGAAUAAUGCUGCCAUCUUCAAUGCUACCAUGUUUAUGACCAGUGGAUAUGCCACUAUCAGCCCCUUUGUUGUGCUCACCUGUGACAGAAGGGUCAUUAAGUUCCUAACUGAUUUUCUGGGGAAUAGGACCCUCAAAUCCUCUCAGACCACAGUGCUAUCUGGCAGCCCUCUUUGA